CGUUGGCGCAAAAAUCAGUUUGGCAGUUCCAAUUUCUGCUUCAUCCUCACCCACUCCAAAAACAAGAGAAAAAAAGAAGAAGAAAAUCUGUUUCUUUUAUCUUCGUUUCAGCCAGUAAAGUGGCAGCAACCAGAGAAGUGACCGAGCAAACACCAGAAACUGCGAAAAGAAAUUGACGAAUUGAAUUGAGUCGGCCAUUGCCGGUGCUGUCUUCGCCUGUUUCGAUCAGUUUCGGCUUCUUAGCUCUGAUGGGCACCAUGUUCCAGCAAUAAAUCAUCCCUGGAAAGAAGAGAAAUUAACAAAAUGCGCGUACUUGAAGCGCCCGUUUCAUGUUCUAAGAUGGCCUCACCCUGCAAUUACUUUCCAUCACUCUACAAGAAAUUUGGUGCAGAUUGCGGAGGUCUCUCUUCAAGAAAAUGCUCCUUUCUUAAAGGUCGUUUUGACACCACAAGGUUGUUCCAAUGCAAGUCGAAGCAUUUCCGGGGAAAAACGGGAGGACAUGUCGUUUUGCCUAGGUGCGUUCUCCCGUUGACAGAGGAAAAUGUGGAGAAGGUUUUGGAUGAGGUGAGGCCUGGUCUGAUGGCUGAUGGAGGCAAUGUAGCCUUGCACGAGAUAGAUGGCCUUGUCGUGGUGCUGAAACUCCAAGGAGCAUGUGGGUCAUGCCCGAGCUCGACAAUGACUCUGAAGAUGGGCAUUGAAACUCGCUUGCGGGAUAAGAUACCGGAAAUUAUGGACGUCGAGCAGAUCAUGGACACUGAAACUGGUCUCGAGUUAAAUGAAGAAAAUAUUGAAAAGCUGCUGGCGGAGAUAAGACCAUACCUUGCGGGAACAGGUGGUGGUGUUCUUGAGCUUGUUCAGAUUGAUGGCUACGUUGUCAAAGUUCGGCUGAGUGGACCUGCAGCAGGGGUUAUGACUGUCCGCGUCGCUCUGACGCAAAAGUUGAGGGAAAAGAUUCCGGCUAUUGGAGCUGUCCAGCUCAUGGAAUGAUAGAAUGCAACUGGUAUAUGUUUGCUAUGUUGAGCAGAAGUUGGAGAGCCAACGUGGUGUAUGCAAAGUGCUUAGGAUCUUGUUUAUUCCGUGCUCUCAUAUACUGGGGAAGCAUUAAGAAAAUAGACAGGGAAAGACGAGGGAAUAUUGCUUUCCAUGUUGCUGUCGAUACCAUUGGUAGGGUUGUUCUAUGGUUAUAGAGUGAACUCUGCAGAUUUUCUAUUGAAAUCUGUAUUAAUCGUGACAUCGACCUCAUGUUUGAGCAAGAAUGCCAUGAUCAUUGCAAGAGAGUUCAAUGGGAAGGGCAUGGAUGUUCCUUCCUACUUAAGACUGUAAGCAGCAGGUCACAACUCCUAAGCAAGGCUAUGAAAGUACUGGCCAGAUUGCGAUCUUGAACGAGCAAGCAAAGUGCUCCUUCAUCUUCAUUUUCCUUAUGUUUUAGAUUGCUGGUUUAUAAAGCUGAGAAAGAAUGGAAACUAGAAACCGGCACAAAUAAAGCCAGAACCAAAGGAGAUUUAUCUGAGCCGCCGAACCUCCACCUACAGCAGAAAUUUUUUUUGGCGUUGCAUUAGAGUACCCCUACCAUGCAGUUUUCACUUGCUCAGCAGAGAGAAGGUUGUUCUCACCUGCUUUAAAGGAUGUAGAGAUACCGCUCGAAAUAUGACUUUCCUAGCA